AUGCGCGACUACCCGGACCGCAAAGCCGUGCCGAUCCUGCAAAACAUCGUCGCCGCCAUGGGCCCCGACUCCGUCAUCCUAAUCAACAACAUGGUGCUCCCCAAUUCCGGCGCACACUGGCACGUCACGCAGGUCGAUAGCACCAUGAUGACUAUGCUUGCAGCGCUCGAGAGGACGCAUCAGCAGUGGCUUGAGCUUAUGGAGAAGGCGAGGUUGAGGAUUAACAGGAUUUGUAGUCCGGUUGCGGUGGCGGUAGAGUUUGAUUGA